AUGCUCUCCACCCGGGUCCGCGCCGUCGCCUUCGCGGUGGGCGGCGCGUUUCCGAGUGCGGAGCGGUGGAAGCAGCACCUCCUGAGCGAGCCUCCUCCGGCGGAGACGCCGGCGGUGCCGGUGCUCGUGCUGCAACAGGAGGAGUAUGCCGACUGGCUCGCCGCGCAGUCCGACGAGCGGCAGGCAUAUCUCGCCGCGGCGGGCCUCUCCACCUUCAAGGACGAUAAGCUCUCGCUAGUCACUGCUAGGUGGGCCUUCCUGACGAAGAAUGCAUCGUCGCUCUUCGCCUUCUCGUCGCUGCCCUCGCGGCUGCCCACCGACACCACCUACGCGCUCGAGUCCUCGCUGCCUCUGCCGCCGACCGCCGCCCUGUCGUGGGGACUCGGGUGCUACUCGUUCGAUGCGUGCAAGGGCUCGCUCACGCGCAAGCGCAACGAGGGCGCGCCCCCCAAGUUCGCGAGCUUGGUGGUGCCCGGCGCGUGCGACGCGACCGACACGGCGACGGCGCUGAGCGGGACGUUCCUCUGCCGUGACCUGAUCAACGCGCCCGCCGCCGACAUGGGCCCCGCGGAGCUGGAGUCCGCCACGCGCUCGCUCGCCGCCGCGUGCGGUGCGAGCGUCUCCACCGUCGAGGGCGAGGCGCUCCUGCAGGGCUACCCGCAGAUCCACGCCGUGGGCCGCGCGGCGGCCGACGCGAGGCAGCCGCGGCUCAUCGACCUGACCUGGGGCGAGGAGGGCGCGCCGAAGGUGACGCUCGUCGGGAAGGGCGUCUGCUUUGAUACGGGCGGGCUCGACAUCAAGCCGGCGAGUGCGAUGCUCACGAUGAAGAAGGACAUGGGAGGCGCCGCGCACGUCCUCGGCUUGGCGAGUAUGGUGAUGCGCGCCAAGCUGCCUGUCCGACUGCGCGUCCUCGUCGCUGCCGUCGAGAACUCGAUCUCCGGCGACGCCUUCCGGCCGGGCGACGUGCUCGUCGCGCGCAACGGCAAGACCACCGAGAUCGGCAACACAGACGCCGAGGGGAGGCUCGUGUUCGCUGACGCACUCGUGGAGGCGUGCGCCGAGCAGCAGGCACCCCCCGCCCUCAGAGGCGCCUCUUCACACGGCUGGCCGUGGAGACAGGCGUGCGCCGAGCAGCCGGAGCUCGUGGUCGACUGCGCGACGCUCACCGGCGCGGGGCGGGUGGCCCUCGGCACCGACGUGCCCGCCCUCUUCUGCAACGACGCGGGGGUCGACGUCGCCGAGCAGCUCGUGGCCGCCUCCGCCUCCGAGCAAGACCAGGUGUGGCGGCUGCCCCUGUGGCCCGGCUACCGCGAGCAGAUCGACUCCAAGGUGGCCGACCUGAAGAACAUCGGUGCGGGUCCGUACGGCGGCGCCAUCACCGCCGCCCUCUACCUGAACGAGUUUGUCGAGGCGCCGGAGGACGGAGCCGACGGCGGCCCGGGCGAGGCGGCGGAGGAGACGGCGCAGCCUCCUCCGUGGCUCCACCUGGACAUGAUGGCGUACAACACGGGCUCCAAGCCGGGCAGGCCCGAGGGUGGCGAGGCGAUGGGGAUGCGCGCCCUCUACCGGCUGAUCGAAAGGCGAUGGGGCAGCGCGGCCAAGUGA